CUUGCGGGGGGAGGAGAAGACUUUGUUCUCUCUGUCAUGUGUUAAGUCAAUGGUAUGUGUGCUGAGGAGUCUGGCCUUAAUUUUACUUUAUGAAUUACAUUUGGGAUUGUUUCUUGGUUGGGUCAUGGAUUCUGGUUUUAGUUCUGGAAUGUCACUCAAAAUAAAACAGAACUGUGGGGGGUGGCAGAAGGAGAAUUGUGAUGAUCGUACUUUGGUUAGAGGUAGUGGUGGUAGAAAACCUGUCAUCUCUUAAUAAAAUAGUAAAUCCCAAAUCUGUUUGGUGCUACUCAUCCCAGUCAUUUUUCCAUUCAUUGCCUAUAACUACACAGUUGAAACACGGAGUUUGAUUUAAACAAGACAUGAAGGUGUUCCCCAUUCCUUUGUUCUGAAUCCCUGGGAUUUUACAUACCUGGGUGCCUAGGUGAGGAGAUUCCUAACUUGUUAUACCUCAUCCAGGGUGGUCAUCCCCACGGAAAAGCUCCUGCCUAAAGAGUGACUCCUGUUGCCUCAGUGUUAUUGUGUUUCCUCAUUUCUGCCCUCGUGUUUCUCAGGUGUUGCUGUCCUGAGGCAAGGAUGGGAUUCCUUUUUGCUGUUGUUUUGUUUGUGUUGCAAAGACCCAGCAUAAGCAGCCCUAGUCAUGGACUGAGCCCACAAAUGCUGUCAUGAUACACUGGAGAGAAUUGCCAAAAUGCUUUGGAAUUCUUAAACGAUUCAAAAACUGAAGUCUCUGAGGAUACAAAGUCAUAAGAACACAAGAAGCAGCAAGGAGGAUUCAGUGCCAAUGCAGCAACAAAAAAGACAGCCAGAGUUAGUGGAAGGAAAUCUUCCUGUUUUUGUUUUUCCUACAGAACUUAUAUUUUAUGCAGAUGACCAGUCAACACACAAGCAGGUGUUGACUCUAUAUAACCCCUAUGAGUUUGCCUUAAAAUUCAAAGUUCUUUGUACAACUCCAAAUAAAUAUGCGGUGGUGGAUGCUACUGGUGCAGUGAAGCCUCAGUGUUGUGUUGAUAUUGUGAUUCGUCACAGAGACGUUCGAGCUUCUUACUAUGGUGUCAUAGAUAAAUUUCGUCUUCAAGUGUCUGAGCAGAGCCAGAGGAAAGCAUUAGGGAAAAAGGAGAUUAUUGCUACUCUGCUUCCAUCUGCAAAGGAACAACAACAACAAAAGGAAGAGGAGGAAAAACGAAUAAAAGAACACCUAGCUGAAAGUGUCUUUUUUGAGCAGACUUUGUGUCAACCAGAAAACAGAACUGCCUCGUCGGGACCUAGUUUACUCACAGUCUUCCUUGGGGUGGUGUGUGUCGCAGCACUAAUGCUACCUACAUUGGGGGAAAUGGAAUCCCUGGUGCCUCUCUACCUCCACUUAAGUGUGAAUCAAAAGUUAGUAGCUGCUUAUGUUUUAGGUCUCAUCACCAUGGUUAUUUUGAGAACAUGAGAAUGAGUUCAUAGGAUGUCAAACACCUUACUGUAUAUUCACAUCAUGAAUGUGGACUGCCUUUUACUCCCAUUUGGCUCAUUAAGAUGCUAGCAAAACUGUUCAGUGAUUUAAGAUACCUUCAGAAGUGUAAUAUAUUUUAACUGUGUAUAAUAAAUGAAAGACUCAAAGCACUUUGCGGUGCUUCUGUAACAGACAGCUAUGAAAUGUUCUGUGAUACCUGUGAAAAUAAUUUGAAAAACCUUUUAUAUCUAUGCCUACUGUAAAAAAUCCUUAUUAAAACAACAUUUGUUAUUUUUAGUCUA